UGGUUCAGUAGGCGUUGAAAAGAGACAACGAAAGCGGAACCGAACAAUCAUCGUUCGUUCAACCCCCACUGAGCGAAAGCAUGAAUGGAAGAAGCUGUCUUGCUCGUCGCUGCGUGGUUGAUUUGAGAGAGAACAGGACAGCACCAUAACACGUUUACUGCCGUUACCAUGGUACACUUGCAGCAGUGACCGGGCGUUUGUGUGUGGUGGUGUUUGUAUGCGUAGAAGUCUGUUUUUACUGCUGCUCACUGGUUGCUGCGCUUCGUUAAAUCAGUGUCGUCCCAAGAAGUGAGGAAAAAUCAUCAUCAUCGUCGGUCCCGUUGCUGCCAUUUCUAGUAUACGCUAAUCGGUCCCAACUGUUUUUGUAUAUUUUUGGACGUCCGAAUGUGUUGAUAUGUUAUUUUAUCGUUGGAACCCGUCGCUGCAAUAGCAAGUUUUGCUCGCUCGCGCCCGCUCAUAGUGCCGCCGUGUAUUUGUGCGCCCAAUUUUCGAUCCAGGAACAUUCACAGCAGAAAACACGGCCAGAGGACGAGCCACCAGUUAGUGUCGGUACCGCACCGAUGGUGGAUGUGUGUUUUUUGUUGUUUAUGAUAAUAAAGUGAAAUUUUGAUUGAAAACAAUGUCGGUGUGAUAUUUACCUUCGACCGUCUCGCCUUUUUCGUAAAUGGUCCGGGUUUUUAUUAUUAUUGGAAGCAAGACGAUUAGUGACAGUGAGCGCCGAGUGAACCCCGAGUCUGACCUACGGAGAAGAGUUUAACGAAAAAAAUAUUUGCACAUAUUUGUUGUGGAAGAUAAUAUUGUUCGGAAUAACAAAUUCAGUUGUUUAAAUUGAAAACAAACGUGGCAAGUGGACUGUGGAGACACGCGACUUCUUCUAGUGGCAGGUUGUUUACGGUGAAGAAAAUCGAAGAUGCAUACUCUCUUUACGGAUCAGAAUACAUUCUCGCGGCAUUAUGGCCACACACAGCCGGGUUAUCCGACCAAUACGGGAACCAUGGCGCCAGCUCAUCACUACACCUACGAUCAAUACUCAAGGUAUACCUAUGCAGGAUCAGCGUAUGCUCUGGCAGCGCCUCACCAGAACAAGGAGAUGGUUAAGCCGCCGUAUUCGUACAUUGCGUUGAUCGCGAUGGCCAUCCAGCAAGCUCCGGAAAAGAAAGUUACGUUAAACGGAAUCUAUCAGUACAUCAUGGAACGGUUUCCAUACUACCGAGAUAACAAGCAAGGCUGGCAAAACUCCAUCCGGCACAACCUGAGCUUGAACGAGUGCUUCGUCAAAGUGGCCCGAGAUGAUAAGAAACCUGGUAAGGGGAGCUACUGGACGCUUGAUCCCGAUUCGUACAAUAUGUUCGACAAUGGAUCGUUCCUUAGACGCAGACGACGGUUCAAGAAGAAAGACGCUCUGAAGGAGAAAGAAGAAAUGAUCAAGCGACAAACGAUGAUGCUUGAGGACAAAAUGGGUGACAUUAAGCCAAUCAAGAUCAUGGGCCCAGGUCACCACUUGGACGGCAAGCAGCUCUCUCAUCAGUUCAAGCGUGAACCGGGACUUGAUCUAGCCACGCAAUGCAUGGUUAAAGACAGCCUCGCACCAACGAUCCUCAACACCUGCCACGAUUCGCUCGCCACCCAGAUGAAUCACCUGUCAGCCAGCGAUCACGGUUUCUCGGUAGAUUCCUUAAUGAACGUCUACAGCCCUCGACUACACCAUACUUCCUAUCCGUACCACUUCAACGAGGACAACCUGAUGGCGAGUUCGGGUCAGCUACGUCAUCAUCAUACCUCCGCCCAUCAUCCACCGCAUCACGGGGGAUGGUACACUCCGGAAACGCCCCCGGAAUCGAUAGGCAACACCUCCGGCGGAAGUGCAUCCACCCCAAGUAUCCCCACAUCAACACCCGCCUCCGCUGGAUUCCGUGACAUGGUCUUCGAGCACAGUCAAACCAACUGCCAAAUGGAUACGGGCAGUCCCAGCAAUAGUAUCACCUCGGCCAGUCCACCGGUGAUUCCGGGAUCGGCCAGCAGCAGUGCAGCAGUGGCAGCCGCCGCAGCAGCCGGACACCUCAGCGCUGCCGGAAACCUGAGCCAUCUAGGGCACUACCGGUCGCACGUUGGCUACUACCAGGACUGCGGCAUCAAGUACGGCGUGUAAAGUGUGAUACAAAGUGAGGUAUAUUAGAUUGUAGAUAAGUUGUUCAGAUCUCUCACGCUCUUGUGGGCUAAAGUGGUACUGGAAGUACAUCGAUCAUCUCUUGCGCGUUUCUCGAUGGCUUUCCCAUUCAGACCCCUGUCGGGUGCUCUCUCUUCAGGUGAAGAAGCUCUUUUCUUCGCCGAAAUUGAGUACCGGUAUUGGCCUUGGAAAAAAUUCCACUUACGUUCCACACAUUCUUUGCUUGUGAGAACGAAACGGCAGCUGUGGGUACAGCAGUUCAUUAACUAUCGAUUUUGCUUGUAGAAUUUUAUGAUUCAUGCUAUUGAUUGAGCCAAAAAGUUCCGUUCAACUUCCGAGUUGGGAAACUUUCCAGACUAAUCACCAGCACCACCAAGCCAACGAGUUUGCCUGAGUGGAUCUGAACCGGAAUCAAGUCGAAUCUCGAUAGUAGGUACAUGGUGGUGAGCGCGAAAUAAUGCAAAAAUCAAUGACUGAAACAGGCGGAGAAUUUAAUUUAUUUUAAACGCGUUACUCUCGAAACGUCCAAGAGGCAUAACGAACAGGCAUACUCCAAUCGAGUGGUGGUACCUAUACAUCUCAUUCCUAUAGAAGAGUUUUAUUUCGCCUCCGGGUGCCGCACGGUGAAGAGUUAAUGAUGGUAGACAAGUGUACAGGAAGGUGAGAAGAUUGCAACUCGAAUGAUUCGUUAUCUACUUUUGUGAAUGUUACGAUCAAUUUUAAUGAGGAAGAUUGUGUGUAUUUUAGGGUUGAACUGCUCAUAAUGUCACGAAGAAUAAUGAUAUUGAUUUCAUUUUUUUUAGCAGUUCACUGAAAGAUUUUAGCUGUGUAUUGGGAUUACGGUUUCUAUACCAAAAAUGAAAUCGACAUUGAAAAUUGCAUUUCAAAUAUUUGUUUAUUACUAUUUACAUCAGAUUCGCUAGUUAUGAAUAACCAGAUAUUCUCUGAUAACUCUCUGAGAUGAAAUCAUUUAGAUAUGAAGAAAUGCAAUAUGGGAUAGUACAUAAGUUACGUCAUGAUGAAAUGGAUUUUUUUCGACCGCCACCCUCCCCCUCGAAAC